UAUUAAUUUACAACUUUAAAAAGACAUAUGUUUAUAUAAAAUUCUAUAAAUAAAUAUUAUCUUAUCUAUUUGUGUCAUAUUUUGAACCAAUCAAGUUUUAGACUAAUUUUUUUUAUUAAUUUAUGGUGUAUGUUUAUUAAUUUAUCGAGUAUUGCUUUAUAGAAUUUUUACCAUUUUAGUUUUAAAAAUAAUACAAAAGAGAAUGGUUAAAAUAUCCUUCAGUAAAAGAUACAAAAUACAUAUAAUAUUAGGGUUAAAUGGUUAAAAUUAGUAUUUAGAUUUUUUGAGAUGGAAUUUAGGAAUUAUAGUUUUAUGAUUUAAGAUUUAGAUAUAAAAUUUAGACUAAUUAUUUUUUAAAAAUUAGAAUAUUUAUUUAUAUUAAAUAUACUAUAUUAUUGAUAGCUAAUAUUUUAUUAUUUCCUAAAAGUUUUUUUAGUCAUCUUUUAUUUAUAUGUUAUUUUAUAAUAUUUUUUGUGUGUUUUAAGAGAAUUGUCUUAUAUAUGUUUUAUGUAUGCAAACAUGUAAUUCUUUUCAUUGUAUUGGCCGACAGUACAGAUUGUGGUCAGAUUGCCGAUAAUACAGUCAUCCUCAAAUGGUACUCACAUCGGUUUCGAUGAGUCAAUAAUAGAUUAUCUCCGACUUUUUUUGAAAAAGAAAACACACUAUAUAUCCGACUUGUUAAAGCCCUAAUUGUACAUUAUCGUUUUCUUAAUCUUAUUUUAGGUUUAGGAAGAUCAACAAAAGAUGCAUGAGAUUUUUAUAUUGAUUUAUUUAGCCUUAAACCAUCACUGCACGUUAUAAUAUCCUUGUCUAAUUAUAUUUUAUUGUUCUGCUGAUGUCACGAAUGACCCACUUCCUCUCCUCUUACAUUAUAAUAUUCUUCAUAUAUAAAUAUGACGAAAGCUUGGUACUAUACCAAGAAUCUCGAUCGCCCGAUUAGAUUCUCCUUUCGAUAUUCGAAUUACCUUUCAAGAUUCUUCAAGCGUGGAAUCUUCAAUAGUAUACAGCUAUGCUAUGUACUUGCAAGACUUUGCAUGUUCCCCUAUUUGUUGUAAUUAAUCUUUUAAAUUCGUUUCCAUCUUUUAUUGAGAAUAUAUGACGUAUGAUUGUAAAAUAUCUAUAACUUACUUUGGCAGCCUACUUAUUUAGAGAUGUUUGUAUAUAUAUUAUGAUGUACUAUAAUUAGAUGACAAAAUAAAAACUGUAGAAUUGCACUAGACGACCUAGAAGAAACAUCUAGAAUACACGGAACUGUCGUGUAACUGGUGAUGCUUACUUUUAAUCCACUUGGGCUAGCAAACUAAGUUUUAGACUUAAACAACUCUAGUUUCAUUAAUAAUUUGUCCCACUUUCAUAUGGUCAAAUUUAUGUCUAACAGACGUUAGUUAGCGAAGGUGACUAAUAGCUUUUUUCCGUGAAAAUGAAAAUUAAAGAUAUACUUUUAAGCUUCGAAUUGCAAGUAGUUAAAUAUAAGUAAUUUACUAGGGUGAGAAUCAAAAUAUUGAAGAUAAGAACUAAUUAUUUGUUCUUUUUAUAAAUUCGAACGCUAUAACUUAUUAUAUAUAUGAGCCAUAAGUCAUUUCCGAUCGAAUACUGUUCUAGGGUGAAAAGGAAAUGAAACUUGGGAGACUGGCGUUGCAUGCAAUUAAUAUUUAUUUGUUGUCUAAUGUUAAUUGUAGCAAGAUUCGCUCAUUGUCGGGACAAGUAUGAAAAAAGAAUCUUUUGGAUCAGUUAUAUGUGCAUUAGAUCCAAACUUAAUAUGAGUUUAUAAACAUCAAAUCAAUAUUGUUUUGCAAGUAAUGUCAAAAUUGUCUCGUUGGUCGCUUUCUGUCAUCAAAUAUCAGAUAGAUCAACCAACAUUUUAUCUUUCUGUUACGUGUGUUAAUAUUUGGUAAUUACUAUUUAACGAAUAUAUUUGUUGUUGUACUUUAAAUCUUCAAAGUGGUGAUUAGAAAACAAAAGACUAAAAAGUUGUACUAUUCUUUCAAGCAUUAGCAGUAUGAUGAAUAAAAUCUUAGUGGAUCGUAUGCCACAAAGAUUUUAACUUAUUAAUUAUCCAAGAAUAGAUAUAGUCCUUUUCACUUUUAAGUAUAGGACAUCUAGACGAUGGAUCAAUUUCAGCAUGAAAGAUUAAUAAUAACAACUCUGUAAUUUUAACUCUUCAGACCUCCCUUACUAUAAAUUUCUAAUACAAGAUUCCUUUUUUCUGUGAGUAAACGAUCUCCUAAACAAAACCCACAAAAUGUUUUACUUUUUGAUGAAAAAUAUUUUAACUAUCUAGGCCUAAUAAAGAUCAUGGAAACCCAACAAGGAUCCUAAAGGCCCAUUCCCAAUUUCUCAAAAAGAUAAAAGAACACUACAUUGGAAUAGCAAACUUUCCGGUCGAUAUUUAAAUCAUAUAGUAUAACACAUUGCAAACGCUCAGAUCUUGUUCAUUGUAAACAUGGACAUUUAUAGUAGUUUGAUCUCAACUGAAUUAUGGCACGAACUUUUUAUCGAUCCUAUAAAAGCCUAUAACAAUAACAAUUAUUGUUUACACUUUAUUUUAUUAAUUCGAGAUUGUUGUUUAUUAUAAUUUCCAGUAAAAAAUAUUUGACAAAAAGAAUUGAUGUUCCUAUCAGGUUACGCAACAUUAUCUACAUAUAAAAAGGGAGAUAAAAUAUAAAAAAAACUGUCGAAUUUAAACUUUAAUUUGGGUUUAAGAAUUAAGAGUUUUUGAUGGUUUGUGUAUGAAGAUUUUAUGUGACAUGUAAGAAGCAAAGGUCAAUAGAGAAAAUAAUAAGACUUUAACACGUUUUUAAAUUAUAUAAAUAAGAAUAUGUAAUUUAUUUGUGAUAUAACUAUCACAGCAUAGCCGAUCAAAACUAUUAAAACAAGAGUACAAAUAAAAUUUAAAAUUCAAUCUCAAUCAUUACAACUGUUUUAGAGAGAGAGAGAGAGAGAGAGGGAGGAAACAGACUUCCUCUUGAUUUCAUGUUCAUCUUCUGCAUCCCUCUCCUCCAUCUCAGCUGUGUCGCUUUCGCUUUGGGUCCUUCCUCUGCUUUCAUUCCCAUGAUAUAUUUCCAUGACACUUAUAAAGAAGUAGGCUUGGUUAACUUACAUCACUCUCAACCACAUGAAGGCUAAUUCCACUUAGAUCUCUUCGCCAACUCCAUCCUUCCUUUCAAAUUCCACCUCUUUCUUUUUAUUCCUUUAUCUUUCAGCCUUUAAUUUCACAUCUUUUUCUGAAAGUCAGAAUCUUUGUUAGGUUAUGUGAAUUGUUUUUGUUCAUGGGUCUAGUCAGAGCUUUGAUUUUUUUGUUCAAAACCAUGUACUUUAUCCGUUAAUUGAUUUGAAUGAUUCAUGUAUUCAUUUGCUCAGACCUCAUGUUGUAUUGUUUAUGCAAGUCUCUGUGAAACAAUAUAUUUCUCAUAUUAAUGGUUAUAGAAACAUAAGCUUCCAGUGUUCAAAAACUGCUUCCUUUUUUUUUGCAGGAAUCAAGCAAAGAGCGAUACAACGUUCCAGAUGCUCCUGUUCGAGGUGAAAGUUGAUCCGUAUAUGAAAUUUUAGUUGUAAACAUAUUAGUAUGUUUCAAAAAAAAAACAUAUUAGUAUAAAUUUUUAAUUAUAUUUUUUCAUAAUUGUUAGGUCGUAAAAUUAAUGUGUAUUAACUUUAAAAACAAUUAGAAACUAAAACAAAUGUUUCAAAGUUUCAAAAAAAAAACAAAUGUUUCAGUCUGUUAUGUUCAUGAUUGGUCCUACUUGCAAUUUGUUAAUAGUUCAUUAUUUAACAUGUUUUGGUCACUGUCCGGAAAACGUUAUACAGUAAAUGUAAUAGUUGUUUUGAGGAUACUGAAACAGUAUGAUUCAUAAUCUAUAAUCUCUUAAUUGUAUACAGAAAAGAAAAAAAGACACUGCGGCAUGAGAGGAUGUCAUAUAUUGAUAUGCAUUGAAACAGCUGGAAACUCCUAAUUAAUAAUUAGUACACUGGAUCCGCCUGUACGAUUUCUCAUUCUGUGCAUGAAUGGUUGGCAUUUUCCAUUUUUGUGUGCUACAAGUGCAUUCUUACAGCCAAUGCCCACAAUCACAAGAUUCCAAUCGCCGCUUAACUAUGGAAUUUAACUAUGGUUGUGCAUUUUUGGUGUGAAUUUUUGGUGUGUUCAAUGGCGAAUCAUUCAUGGUUAAGCGGCGAUUGGAAUCACCCGAAUGCGUACUUCAGAAACUCCAUAAUGUCGCCUGAAAGCUCAGAGAUGAGACACCACUCGGGAUCUACCAUGUAUUGGAGCUCCGAAGAACAAGCAAUUCUCGAAGAUGGUCUUGCUAGAUAUUCGUCGGAACCGAGUAUUUCACGUUACGCGAAAAUAGCGUUAGAGCUUCAGAACAAGAAGACCAUUAGAGACGUAGCUACGCGUUGCAGAUGGAUGCAUACGAAAGAAAAUAACAAGAGAAGAAAAGAAGACCACAAUAUGUCGGGAAGAGCCAAGGAGAUUGUUGAUAUGGUGGUGGCUUCAAACUCAGCUACACAUAUGUUUGCAUCAUCACAUCUUCUUAGAGAAGAAGAUGGGAUCAAUAGUGAGCUUCUUAAACAGAAUCAACAACUCCUCAGUCAGAUUUCUGCAAAUCUCACAAAUUGCAAUCAGAUUUCUACAAAUGUCACAUCCUUGAGGUUAACAGAAAACUUGACUCUCUUUUGCAAGAGCAGAGACAACAUCAGGAAACUUCUCACAAAUUUGAGUGAGAAUGCCCGGAGCAGAUGAAGCAUAUGCCACCAUGGCCGGAGAAAUUGAGAGAUGAUCAUGAUCAGCUACUUGAUUCAAUCCUUCCUCCCUCACAUCAACAAUGAACUUCUCUUUCUAUUUUUCUUUCUUUGCAAUUCAGCUCUUCAGGACAUUCUUUUUUAUUAUGUUUUAAAUUGGACUUCAGUUAUUAGGUUUUCUCCCAGUAGAAGCCCUAGCUUAGAGCAGAAGUUUAGCUCUUUGUAACUAGUUGAAGUGUAUCAAACAAAGUACAUUUGAUGCAAAAGCAUUUCCUUUGUUAAA